ACGCUACCCCCCAUUUAUUUCCUCUCCCUUACCUUUUAGCUCCCAAAAGAAUAGAGUAACUAACACAUUGUGAGACCAAACCCAUUGGCUUCAAUUUUUGUUUUGGUCCAAAUUCUAAAACAGGUUAGUAUAGUGAGAGUAGUGUGUGUGAUGAGUUCGGCUAAGAACGUGGCCAACGCGGUAGGUGGAAAAACCGCACGAGCAUGUGAUAGCUGCAUAACAAAGCGAGCACGUUGGUACUGUGCUGCCGACGAUGCUUUUCUCUGUCAAGCUUGUGACUCUUCCGUUCACUCCGCCAAUCCAUUGGCUCGAAGACACGAAAGAGUUCGCUUGAAAACGGCGUCGUUCAAGUCCGCUGAGGAACAACCCAAUUGCGCUCCCUCGUGGCACACUAAGAAAGCUCGAACACCCAGACAUGGGAAACACUCUCGUAACAACAACCACCACCACUUCCAUUUGGUACCUGAAGUGGGCUCCGAUGAAGUGAAUUCCCAUGAAGAGAACGAGGAACAGCUUCUGUACAGGGUCCCCAUAUUCGACCCCUUUGUGGGUGAGCUAUGCAGUACUAGUCCUCCUUCUUCUGUGGCUGAAAGUGAGAGCAAAGGCACCAAAGGGAGCAUGACCAUGAGCCUGAGCAAUGUUGUGUUGUUGGGUUGUGAGAAUCACGAGAUGGAAGGGUUGCAUGGGUUGCUUCCUUCUGAGGUUGAGCUUGCUGAGUUUGCUGCUGACGUGGAGAGUUUAUUGGGUAGGGGACUUGAAAACGAGUGUGUGGGGAUGGAAGAGUUGGGGUUGGUUGAUGCGAAAGAGGAGUGUUCGGUGGGUAGUGGGAAGGUGAAGGUGGAAGAGGAAGAGGGUCCGGCACAAGUGGCAUCCAGAACCUGCAAGGUUGAGGCUGAUGAGGUGGAGAUGGUGGGAAGAGAUCAGUCGUUUGAGUUUAGUUUUGAUUAUGACUCUCUUGAAACGUGUGAAGAUGGAAAGGAGAAGGUUGGUGGUUUCGAAUUGGGGAAUGUCGAUGGAGAAUUGAAAGAGGAAGGUGAGGCAAAGAGGAAGAGGAUUUCUUUGCAGCUUGAUUAUGAUGCAGUGAUCAUUGCCUGGGCUAGCCAUAAGUCUCCGUGGACCACAGGUCACAAACCAAAUUUGGACCCUGACCAGUGUUGGCCUGAAUGCAUGGGAGCUUGUGGAACGGAACUUCAUUAUCCUUAUGGUGAACUGGGUGGAUUUGGGUGUCAUCCAGUAAUGAUAGAUGGAGGCAGAGAGGCAAGGGUGUCCAGAUACAGAGAAAAGCGCCGAACGAGGUUGUUCUCGAAGAAAAUAAGGUACGAGGUUAGGAAAUUGAAUGCAGAGAAGAGACCAAGAAUGAAGGGGAGGUUUGUGAAGAGGGCUUCCUUUGCAGCACCAACAUUUCCUUUGCUAAAUAAAUAAGACAUUCCAUUUACUGUUCUACCAGUGAAUUUUUGUUAAUAUUUGCUAAAUAUUAUAUUUUACUAUUUGAUUUGGUUUUUUAUUUUAUUUUCGUAUUUCUUUGUAUAUAACAAUUUUGUUAAGUUAAAUAAACGGUCAAACAGAUCAAAGCUAAUAAAUCAUCUUACGAU